UACUAUUCUAGAACCCUAAUCACAAUCACUCUAUAAGGCAGAUAGAAAACCCUAAACCCCUUCCAUUUCCCUUCCACUCACUCUUCUAACAUGGCGACUCAGAUCCUCUCUCGCAUCUUCCCCAAAACCCUAGCCCCCUUCCUCUCCCGUUCUCUCUCCACCGCCCCCUCUCCUCCCUCCCUCUCCGCGCUCUCCUUCCUCCGCCGCAUCUCCGUUGCCGCCAACCCCUCCCUCCACCGCGCCUUCCUCCCCAACUCUCCCUCCCUCCGCGCCCUCUCCACACGCGCCACUACCUCCUCCCUCAACGACCCCAACCCUAACUGGUCCAACCGUCCCCCGAAAGAAACCAUCUUGCUCGACGGCUGCGAUUUCGAACACUGGCUCGUCGUCAUGGAGAAGCCCGAGGGAGACCCCACACGCGAUGACAUCAUCGAUAGCUACAUCAAAACAUUGGCCAAGGUCAUCGGAAGUGAAGAGGAGGCGAGAAUGAAGAUAUAUUCGGUCUCGACUAGGCACUACUUUGCGUUUGGGGCUCUUGUGUCUGAAGAGCUUUCUUACAAGAUUAAAGAAUUGCCUGGAGUUCGGUGGGUGCUUCCUGAUUCUUACUUGAAUGUUAAGGAAAAGGAUUAUGGAGGUGAGCCCUUUAUUAACGGGCAAGCUGCUCCCUAUGAUCCCAAGUAUCACGAAGAGUGGGUUAGAAACAAUGCUCGUGCCAAUGAGAGAAACAGGCGCAAUGACAGGCCUCGUAAUGCUGACAGGUCAAGAAACUUUGAGAGGAGGAGGGAAAAUGUGGUAAACAGAGACAUGCAGGGCAGGCCUCCUUCGCCAAAUCCUGGCCCUAAUGUGGGCGGUCCUCCUCCAAGCAAUGCAGCUGGGUACCCUCCAAGCAAUGCAGCUGGGUACCCUCCUAGCAAUGCAGGAUAUGCCCCUCCAAGCAAUACAGGCGGGUACCCUCCUAGCAAUGCAGGAUAUGCCCCUCCAAGCAAUGCAGGCGGGUACCCUCCGAGCAAUGCAGGCUAUGCCCCUCCGAGCAAUGCAGGCUAUGCCCCUCCAAAUACAGCUGGAUAUUCUUCUCCGAACGCCGCAGGAGGUUACCCUCCUAAUGCAGGUGGUGGCUAUGGUCCUGGUGGUGGUGUGCCUCAGAAUAACUACGCAGGGAACAUGGGAGGGCCACCAUCAAACCAGAACAUGGGAGGGUUUCAACAAAAUUCAGGAUGGUCGAACAAUGCUCCCAGUAGAGAUGUGCCAAGCAGGGAUAUGGGAGGACCACCUGGUGGGAACCCAUAUUCUGGGUGAGAUCACUGCAGAUUUUUCUAGCCAAUGUAGAUAACGAAGAAUUGUGCCCAAGAAAGCAGAGUUUAUGCUAUGUUUCUCAAGGAAUUAGAAUUUAUUAGUCUUACGUGUUACUCCUAUUUUCUAAUGAACCUGCAUGUUGUGCAUCCGAAGUUCAAUUUUUUUGAUGCUAGAUACGAUCAUUUUGUUUCUAUUGUUUGUGAGGUUGACGGUCUAAUUUGUUAUCUGAUUGAGGUUGCCUUUCAGACUUAUUAUAUAAAGUAACUGUUAGUAAUAA